CAGAGCUAUUGAAUAGGAUAACAGUUCAUGCAGACCCAGUGAGAAGGACAGACGGAAGAGACCAGCAUCCAGCACAGAAUGGCAGAGACGCAGAACUGUCAGGGUGAAGAUCCCGAUAAAAUGACGAAAAUCUGCAAGAAAUGCGGCGGUCGCGCGGGUAGAAGACGGGGGAUAGCGCCCAUCUCACAUGUGGGAACCAUUGAAGUUUGAAAAAUGGUGGUAAAGAAGAAUACCGAAGUUUUGAUACUUGAAAAAUGGUUUGUUAUCCGGGUGGCCCACCAAAUCGAUGACUAGGGGGAUCGGAAUGAUCAAGGCUUAAUCAAGACAUGGACUGACUGCCUGUUCCAUUCCCUCCCCAUGAAGUAAGAAGACAGCUAUGUAAGUCUAGUCUGUGUUGUGUGCUGUAACAAAUGUAAUGUUUCUUCAAAUGUCUGCUGUAAAUGUCAUGUUAAUACUCUGUACUAAAUAAAUUUCUUAGAAAAACAUUAAGUUCUGUUUAAUAACAUUGAAGUAACAACUUUUACAUAAGUUUAAAUCCAGGCAUGUUAUGUUUGCCCAAAACACAGGGCCUUAAACAUAGCACUUGAUCUUUAACAUCCAUAACAAUCCAGAGCUGGGCUAUUUAUUGGUAACGGGAGUAGGAUUCCCAGUGAUGUGGUAUAAUUUGGAAAACUGAUUUUAACCAAUUGAGAUCAACAGAGAUCUACCACCAUGACAUUUCUACCUCUUCUUGUAGUGUUAUUAAAUAAAAUGUAUAUUCCAGUGACAGUUUACCCUUUUGUUGUUUUUUGCUGUAUGGUGAAAGCUAUAAUUAUAUCACACAUUGUUACAUUGUCACACAUUGACACUUCAAAUUAAGCUAAAUCAGUUUAAAGUUACUAAUCUCUUAAUUUGGUAUAUGAAGCCCUGUUACAAGGGCAUCCUAUUUUAUCACAAUGAUUUAAAGGGAUACUGCGAGAUUCUGUUUUUCUACUUACCCCGCCCCGCGUCCAAUGAACUUGUGGAUACCAUUUUUAUGUCUCUGUGUGAAGUAUGAAGGAAGUUUGGAGCUAGUUUCGCCAGCCAAUGCUAACUAGCGUAAGCGCAAUGACGAAGUCUUCAGGUACGCUAGCGUAUGAUGCGUAAAGGACUCGCCCUUUAAAUUUUUACUUCAAAUAUGCUCAUGCUUCCCCUAGAAGCUAGAAGUUGCCAUUCAUUGUUGAUAACUCCUGAUGCUUGAAGAAGCUUUCUUCCAACUUUCAAAUAUUCUGUGAUUCUUCUCUUGCCUGUGGCCCAAUUAUUCACAACUGCCCAAAUUUAUCCCCCAGUUUUUUCCCCUUUCUUUUUUUGUUAUCAGCUUUAUUUUGGAAUGUAAUAGAUUGAAGCUCCUUUUUUCACUUGGUCAGUGUAUUCUGACAUAAUACAGACUACUGCAUUAUGCUAUUCUACCUAUUUCCUAGCUGGGAUAAUAAAGUCGCCUACCUACUACUACCAUUAUGAUUCAGUAUCUUCUGCUUUAUUCGGGAGGAAUUUCACUUUUGUUAAAGUCAAACGAUCACAUUGCGAAAUAAUCCUGUAUUAAUUAGACCCAACCCACCUCUACUAACAAUUUCUUUGCAUGUCCACUAAAUUAGCACUUUAAACUAAAGGCCCAAUGGAUAUUUCCUUGUACUUUGAAUAUGAGAUGGUUUCUCGUAAUAAUUCAGUUUUCUUGGCAAGAUCCUCCAAAAAUCUUCACUUUGUUUUCACUUGUUGGUCAUGAACUGACAUCUUCGGUCGGAACCUGCCUCUAUUUUUUUCUUGGCUUUAGUGAAUGCGUAAAUAGAUUUUAAGAACUCUUUUUAUUAUUCUCGUUCUUAUUAAAAUUAUUUUUCUCAUUUUUGUGAUUUCCUCACUUCCUUGGUGAAUCUCUGCUGGUCAUGUGUGGAAGUUUGAGGUCGGGUGCAUGCAGAGGAAGCACAUUUAGCAUUUUUUGUGCAGUUUAACUCCAUGCAUGAUUACUAUUGUUGGAGUUUUGUGUUUCGUUACAAAUAAAGGAGCAGUAGUUUAGAUGCAACUAAUAGUUCAUCAAUAUCAGUUGGCCAAAAGUGGAUUAUGAGAUUAAGUCAUGCCAGCGUGUGCUCAAUUUGAUUCCUGUGAACCCCCUAGUGGGCAGUUGAAGUAGUUUAGCCUAGCUUGACAGUAAAAUAAUAAUAAAUCAAAUUAAUGUCACCAAUUUAUUGUCUAUCUAUUCUAAUGAACAUAGUGUAAUCCCAAAAGUAGAUCACAAGCCAUGGGUUGCAUGAACGAUUUUUAUUUGUCAGAUAUAAAUAACGACUUUACAUUAUCCAUGCUAAAAUUAUACUGAUCUGUAAUGAUUAACAGACAUUUUGUAACAUUCCAUUUGCUUAGAUUUCACCUGUAUUUCCUGUUUUGUCUUUGUUGUUUUCAAAUUAUUCAGCUGUAAAAUUUGUUGAAUAUGCUUGCUAUUAAAUUGCACAAUGCUGUGUUCAUGUGCUCUCGGAAUCAUCGGAAAUUUGGGACUGGGAUACCCCCGGAAAGCUCCCCGAAUUUACGUAAUUGCGGGUUUCCGACAUCCAAAACCAAUCAUAACAAGCGCCCAAGUAUGAAAUAGUCGUUGUACUCCUAAUGUUUCCCCGUUCUGGUAGUUUUGAGUUUCCUACUUGAGGUGAACGAAGCAUAAUAAUAUUAGACUUUAGAUUUAUCGUUAAAACACUUUUGAGAAUCAUAGAUUUCUAAAGGUUUUAAAGUAUUGCUUUUGUGGAAAUUUGAACAGCUGACUUGCAUUACUUUUAGUAUUCCAUCCCCCAAAGAUAUUAACAUAAUUGUCUAACGUUCAUAUUUGAAAAUCAUGGGCACAAGGUCAUUUGGGGUGAAUAGGGCUGAAUCUUCAAAUUAUAAUCACAUUUUGCCCAAUCUGUCUGCAUAUUACACAUGUGUAUGGUUAGUAAGCAUUCAGCCCUUAAUGCUCUUUAUAUAAACAUUCUGGAUUUUGGGGGAUUUAUUUGAAUUGUGAUAUUUGUCACUGCAUACUGCUAUGAUACAGACAUUUUAACUUUGGGUUUCAUUACCAACUCAACUUUCAGCUAGCUAUUGAGCAUUGGAAUCGGAAUCUUUUGUGGUGUUGUUGAAGCUCAUUUCGCAGGCAAAUUCCAAUUGAUGGGAUAGGACAAAAGUGAGGUCUUAAUUAAAUGUAAUUGGGGUUUUCGACUCAUUUUCUUUUUCUUAAUUCCAUUAAAGACCCCAUUCUACUGGACAUUGAAGUGGAGACAGCUGCUUUGUCAUCAAGAUGGCGGCGUUGAUUUGGGAGCUAAUUGGAUUUUUGAAAAGCUGACUGGAUUUUUUCAGGAUUUUAUUUUACUGGAUAAGAUGCAUCAAUUGGAGUUACAUCAAACUUUGACAUGGACUCUUGUGCUUUGGAUGUGCUGGCAAUUCUUUGGACUCAAUUGUUUGAAUAUUGUAAUGGUUUCCUUUAAUGAGUUCAGUUACACUACUUUUUCAACUUCUGUGAUUUCCUAAUAGGAUGUUAUUUAUGUUAAAUAAAACAUUGCAAUUUUCACUAUUCUGACUUUCUUUCAUUGAUCAAUAUGCUACCCAAGAAUGUUACAGGACUAUUUGUCUUUUCGCUAAAUGUGAAAAUUCUCUCCAACUGAAUCAAUUUUACUCAAAUGUAAUUCAGUUUCUGGUAUUUUUUGGGGCUUCCGAUUUACUCCUGUUUACUGGAAGGUAUGAUACGUUUGCCUUGUACAAUCUAAAUUGACAUUUAAUAGUGCUAGCUAAAUUAGGCCUACUAACUUUAAAUAAGAUCUGGGGAAUUGGAGGGUAAAUGCAAGUAAUACUUUACACAACCUUUAAUUUUGAACUUUUACACCUAUUACGCUAAAGUUUUUUUGGCUCAAGUGUUUACGCUACUUGUCUCCAUUACGAGCAAUACUUAACAAUGUAGCAACUUUUUAAAACUAUUUAUAUCCCGGGUUAAUUUAAUUGACCAGUUUUACUUCCUACACUUUUUGUAGGACUGUUCUGUAUUCACAAUCUGACUCGUAAUUGGCGCAAACAUUUAAUUUUUUAAGUAAGUAAAAUGAAAGGGUAUGGCUUCUAGUGAUCAACACAUUCCAUGGUGAAUGAAGGGGCUGGCUAAUACAUACAGUAAUACUCUGCAUUUCUACAUAGCUCUACAUAAUACACAGUUGAAACAGCUUUUGGCAAAAACUGAAAUGGUGGCCAAGGCUCUGCCUCUAAAAUGGCUCCUGAAGUCAUACUUCCUGUCUGAGCAGGAAGUGAUGGGUCUUAGUGUUUAAUUAUUUUUGUACAAAUAUUACCCUUAUUGAUACAAAAAAUAUAUGGAUAUGACUUUGGCAAAGGCUAACCUCUUGAAGUGAUGCAACUUUUUAUGAAAUAAAAAUGUAAUAUAGGUUUGCCGUUUUUAUACAAAAUAAAGGGGGUGGGACUUUGGGACAUCACCUGAGUGUGGGGUAAAUGGAAAUAACGUCAAUCAAAGGCAAAGCUUUCAGAGCUAGGAAGGAGCUCUAGAUGGCGGAUGAGCCUUGGGAAGGGGAACAAUUCAUUGGGCUUUCGUCAGCCCUUUUUCUUUUUCAUGAAAUCAAGCUGGAAUAUGCCGCUCUGUUAAUAUUUUUUUUUAAUUUAAAAUAAAAACUAGUACUAUAGUGAACAGUAGAUUAGGUUUACUGCUUUUAUUCGUUUUUCGUCGUGUAUAUAUCGGUUUUACUGAGUGUAUGCGCGAGUCGUUGUCUUCUCUGCCUAGGUCUGGCAGCCAUGGCGCGCCUCCAUUUUUCGUGUGCUCUGUGAAGAGCUCUAGCCUUUCGUCUCACGAUCACUUGUGUUGACGCUUCAAUAUCCUAUUAAUGUCUUUUCCCCUAAUGUUUAUUUUCAUUCAACCUUUUUUUUAUAUAUACCUUUUUUGGGGGUAAUGAGUAUUAUAUAGUCUAUAGCCUACUUUGCGGAUGUGAAUCUAAUACUUCAUUAUACCUUACUGUACAUGGAAUAGCAAAUACCAGCACAUAAGACCAUCAAAUCCAACGUUUUCAAGAUAAAACUAUGAUGAAGAAUAAGAAUAAAAAGCAAGAAGAUGAAGGUUCGACUCAAAGCAAUGCAUCAAGCAAUUCGGCCUCAGAAGAAUCGAACCACUCUGGGUUGGAGUCUGGGAGUCAGUCGGAGAGUGAACAGGGCAGGGAGAGGAGAAGAUUGCACCACUCAGGAGAGUCCAACAGCUCUUCUGAAUCUGGGAGCCAGUCCGGGUCUGAGAGUGAAUCCCAGCAGGCCUCGGUCAAGGACAGACAACCAGUUAAAAAGAAAGACAAUCUGUCAGAUGUGAAGAAGAUGUGGGAAGAGCAUCCAGAUGUCUAUGGGGUCAGGCGAUCAAAUCGCAGUAGACAAGAACCUGCUCGUCUCAAUAUUGGAGCUGGGGGUAGCAGUGACUCCGAAGGUGAAAGUCCUAAAAGAAAAGCACCACGACAGAAGAAGAAAGAAAAUACCUGGAAAAGUGAUGAAUCGGAUGAUGAUGAUGAUGAUGAUGAUGAGGAGGAUGCCAGCAGUGCAGACAGUGAGCAGGAAGAGAAAAAAGUUAGAUCCAGACGACUUCCUGCUAGAAGACCAAAGAACAAAUCAUCUACAGUCAAAAAACAGCAGCCUCCAAAGGGAAGGAAAACCAGGAAACAAGAGUCAUCUGUGGAGGAAGAUGAUGACGACGACGACGAUGACGAUGAUGACGAUGAUGAUGAUGAUGAUACCCCAAAGAGACAAACCCGGCGAAGGGUGUCUGCUAAAGUCAGUUACAAGGAGGACCAAAAUGACUUUGAGACUGACUCUGACGACCUGAUAGAGAUGGAGGGAGCUGAGGUGGAGCCGGAAGAUGACAGCGAGACCAUUGAGAAGAUCAUGGAUACCAGGACAGGCAAAAAAGGAGCCUGCGGGGCUUCCACUACGCAGUAUGCUGUGGAGGAAAAUGGGGACCCAGGAGCUGACUUUGACCCAGAGAAGGAUGAGGGAGAGAUCCAUUACCUGAUCAAGUGGAAAGGCUGGUCCUACAUCCACAACACCUGGGAGAGCAUUGACUCCCUCACUCAACAGAAGGUCAAGGGACUCAAGAAACUAGAUAACUUCAAGAAGAAGAACGAUGAGCUCAGUGCUUGGUUGAGCAAAGCAUCACCUGAGGAUUCAGAAUAUUACAACUGCCAGCAAGAGCUAACCACUGAUUUAAAUAAGCAGUUCCAUAUUCUGGAGAGAGUCAUUGCGACUAAAACUGGGAAGACACAGGGUCUCUCGGAUUUUCCUUCUCACAGCCACAAGAAUGGUGCUUCUUCCAAUGAGCCAGAGUACCUGUGUAAGUGGAUGGGCCUGCCUUAUUCAGAGUGCAGCUGGGAGGAUGGAGCUCUGCUGGGGAAGAAGUUCCAGCACUGUAUAGACAGCUUCACCAACCGGAACUCCAGUAAAACAGUCCCCUCCAAAGACUGCAAAGUGAGUGAGGUGUUGAAACAGAGGCCCAGAUUUGUUGCACUAAAGAACCAGCCAUCGUACAUUGGGGAUGAGAACCUGCAGCUGAGAGAUUACCAGUUAGAUGGACUGAACUGGCUGGCUCACUCCUGGUGCAGGUGCAAUAGUGUGAUCCUGGCUGAUGAGAUGGGUCUGGGGAAAACCAUCCAGACCAUCUCGUUCUUGUCCUACAUGUUCCACCAGCACCAGCUGUAUGGGCCCUCCCUGGUGGUGGUACCCCUAUCCACCCUCACCUCCUGGCAGAGAGAGUUUGACACCUGGGCCCCCGAUAUGAACGUGGUGGUCUACUUGGGAGACGUGAUGAGCAGGAAAUCGAUCCGUGACUAUGAGUGGGUAUGCCAUCAGACGAAGAGAAUAAAGUUCAAUGCACUUAUAACCACGUAUGAAAUUCUACUGAAAGACAAGGGGGUGUUGGGGAACAUAAACUGGGCUUUCUUGGGUGUGGACGAAGCUCACAGGCUAAAGAAUGACGACUCCCUUUUGUACAAAACCCUGAUUGAGUUCCGGUCCAACCACAGACUUCUUAUCACAGGGACACCACUGCAGAACUCUCUCAAAGAGCUGUGGUCCCUUCUGCACUUCCUCAUGCCUGACAAGUUUGAAAAUUGGGAAGAUUUUGAAAGUGAGCAUGGUAAAGGGACUGACAAUGGCUACCAGAGCCUUCACAAAGUCCUUGAGCCCUUUCUCCUGAGGCGUGUAAAGAAGGAUGUGGAGAAAUCCCUGCCUGCCAAGGUAGAACAGAUCCUCCGUGUGGACAUGUCUGCUGUGCAGAAGCAGUACUACAAGUGGAUUCUGACCAGGAACUUCAGAGCCCUGCAGAAAGGCACCCGAGGCAGCUCCUCUGGCUUCCUCAACAUCGUCAUGGAGCUGAAGAAGUGCACUAACCAUGGUUUCCUCAUCAAACAGCCUGAGGAAGAGUGUGACACUCCACAGGAGCACCUAAAGGCGUUGGUGAGGGGCAGUGGGAAGCUGGUUCUUCUGGACAAGCUACUGACCAGACUUCGGGACAGGGGCAACAGAGUCCUCAUCUUCUCCCAGAUGGUGCGCAUGUUGGACAUACUGGCUGAGUACCUGGCCCUGAAGCGCUACCCAUUCCAGCGCCUGGAUGGCUCCAUAAAGGGAGAAAUACGAAAACAAGCACUUGACCACUUUAAUGCUGAAGGUUCUGAGGACUUCUGUUUCCUGCUGUCCACAAGAGCUGGAGGUUUGGGUAUCAACCUUGCCUCUGCAGAUACUGUGGUCAUCUUUGACUCUGACUGGAACCCUCAGAACGAUCUGCAGGCUCAGGCCAGGGCUCACAGGAUUGGCCAGAAGAAGCAGGUGAAUAUCUAUCGCUUGGUCACAAAGGGAUCUGUGGAGGAGGACAUUAUUGAGAGAGCCAAGAAGAAGAUGGUUUUGGACCAUCUUGUCAUUCAGAGAAUGGACACCACUGGUCGAACUGUAUUGGAUAACAACUCCGGAAAUUCAAACUCCAACCCAUUCAAUAAAGAUGAGCUGACUGCCAUUCUGAAGUUUGGAGCUGAAGAUCUGUUCAAAGAGGCAGAAGGAGAGGAGACUGAACCCACGGAGAUGGAUAUUGAUGAGAUCUUGCGGUUGGCUGAAACCAGAGAAAGUGACCAGGGAUCAAGUGCCACAGAUGAGCUUCUCUCUCAGUUCAAGGUGGCCAACUUCUCCAACAUGGAGGAGAGUGCUCCAGAGAUGGUGGAGCGGAUGGUGCCUGACUGGGACGACAUCAUCCCGGAGGACCAGCGGCGGAGGCUGGAGGAGGAGCAGAAGCAGAAGGAGAUGGAGGACAUCUACAUGCUGCCUAGAAGCAGGAGCUCCAAUAAGAGGGCCCAAGCCAACGACAGUGACAGUGACGUUGGCUCCAAGCUGAAGCACCGCUCCUCGGGCUCCGAGAGCGAGACAGACGAUAGCGGCGAUGACAAGAAGCCAAAGAGGAGAGGCAGGCCCAGAGCCCGCAAGAACAACGUGGAGGGUUUUACUGAUGCAGAGAUCCGGAGGUUCAUCAAGGCUUAUAAGAAAUUUGGAGCUCCGCUUGAAAGGCUGGAGGGCAUUGCCCGGGACUCAGAGCUGGUGGACAAAUCCCAGGCAGACCUGAAGAGACUGGGCGAGCUGAUCCAUAGCAGCUGUGUGACUGCUGUCCAAGAGCAUGAAGAGCACCUCAGAGAGAAUCCCAGUGAAGCCAAAGGCCCUGGGAAGCGCAGAGGUAUUAACAUCAAGAUCUCAGGAGUGCAGGUCAAUGCCAAGUCCAUCAUUCAGCACGAGGAGGAGUUUGAGCCACUGCACAAAGCUGUGCCAGCUAAUCCUACUGAGAGAAACCAAUUCCAACUGACCUGCAGAGUGAAGGUGCCUCACUUUGACGUGGACUGGGAUCUGCAAGAUGACACUCAACUGUUGCUGGGGGUCUAUGAGCAUGGCUAUGGAAACUGGGAUCUGAUGAAGACCGACCCCGAUCUCAAACUCGCAGACAAGAUUCUCCCAGAUGACCCAGAGAAGAAACCUCAAGGGAAGCAGUUGCAGGCCAGAUCAGACUAUCUUCUGAAGAUGCUGAAGAAAGAAGCGGACUGUAAAGAUGUUACUAAGGAGGAGGCCAAAGUGAAGAAGAGGAAGCCUCGGUUGAAGAAAGAGAACAAGGCCCCUAAAGAUGAACAGGGCAAUGACAUCUCCUCCCCCCGCAUGUCAGACAACCCCUCAGAGGAAGGGGAGGUGAGGGAUGACGGGACUGAAAAAACUCCCACAAAGAAGAGGCAGAAGAAAAAGGAUAACAAAGAGAACAAAGAAAAACACGGAACUCCUAAAAAAGAGAAGGACGCGGACAAAGACAAAAAACGUCCGAAGCCAAAAAAAGAAAAGGCAAAAGGAGCUAAAGGGAAGAAGCCCCAGGGGCCGGUCCACAUUACUGCUGGGAGUGACCCUGUUCCCAUCGGAGAGGAGGACGAUGAGCUGGACCAAGAGAACUUCAGCAUAUGUAAGGAGCGCAUGAGGCCAGUGAAGAAGGCCUUAAAACAGUUGGAUAAGCCUGACGAGGGCCUGUCUGUUCAGGAGCAGCUCCAACACACACGCACCUGCCUGCUGAAGAUAGGAGACCGCAUCACUGAGUGUCUUAAAGCCUACAGCGACCCAGAGCAUGUCAAAACAUGGCGUCGGAACCUCUGGAUUUUUGUGUCUAAGUUCACAGAAUUUGGAGCGAGGAAGCUUCACAAGCUGUACAAGAUGGCUCAGAAGAAGCGGUCUCGGGAGGAGGAGAAGGAGCAUAGAAAAAAGGGGGAUGACCCGUCAGGCAGGAAAAAGACUUUCCGAGCAGAGGCGUCUGGUUCCAGUCGAGACUCCACCGGCACCCAGCCAUCGUCCAAGUCUCAUCCAGGCAUGCCCCACCCCUCUCCAACAUCCCCCCAUGGUCCCCACAGAGAAGGCUACAACCAGUCCAACAAGCGACACUUUGGAAAUGAUGAUCGAGGAGAUUGGCAGCGAGAUCGUAAAUACAACUACCCUGGAAAUAGCAACCAGCCCUGGCAAAGCGAGCGGCAUCAUCCAUAUGACGCCCAUCGGUAUAAGGACCAUCACUAUGGUGACCGUCGUCCGCGUGAAGACUCCUACCGCAGCAGCUCUAGUAGUUACCGUAGUGGCGGCAGCAGCAGCUCCCCUCGGAAGAGGCCGUAUGACCAGUAUGACAGCGACCGAGAACACAGGGACCGUCGUGCCUAUUACGACAGACAUCCAGACUCAAAGCGGAGACGUGGCGAUGACUUCCGUCCUCCCCAAGACUUCAGGGGGAGUGGAGGCCAUCCCCAAGACUUCAGGGUGAGGAUGCCAGAGCAUAGGGGGCCCCCGGGGCCAGCAGGGCCAGAACACUUCACCCGGCCCUAUCCAGACAACAAACCCCCCCCACUGCUGGACCCACGCUCCCCACAGGCGCAGAAGUCCCCCCAGGACUCUCGCUCGCCAACUGCAGAGCGGACUGCAGAGCAGAAAGCAGCUUCGGCUGAUUUAAACUGGAACAACAGGAAGACAUGAGGACUGUCGCUGAAGGACAAUGUGAGUGUAUUUUGUUCAGGUGAUGAACACAGUGUGAACUCCACAUGCUGCUGAAGGACAGGUCUGGGCUGGCUAGACUCACUGGUUUGCUUGGCCUGACACACCCUCAGUCGCAAAUACUCUGUUUACCAGCAAACACCAAACUCCAAACCCCUCCUCCGGAUGUGACUGUGGUAGUGAACUGUCUGUGCCCAUAUUGAAAUCUAUUACAGAUGUUUUUUUUAGAUGAAAUGACAGGUGAUCAGUCAGUGUUAGUGGUGAGUCUGUAAAAUGCCUGUGGAUCACUAGUCCCAUGGACUAUUAUCUGGGGAAAGCUUACAAUGCCUAAAAGGUUGAUGUUGACUGAUCUUGGAACAUAAAAGUGCCUACAGUAUUUGGCCUUUUUGACUGUUAGAGGUAUGGGAUUAUUCCCAAAGGAACCAUGACUUUGAUUUCCUUUUUUGUGUUUAGCUUUAUGCCAUUAUGAUGUCCAUAGGAAAUGUUUCUGUAAAAAUGUUAUAUUUAUCAUGUCACCCUCACCUUCAAAUGUUUAUGAAUCUUAAUGUUGAGAUGGUCGUGCAACUAUCAUCAUUUAAUAAAGAGAUGCACCUUCUUCCCCAAAUCCAAAUGGGAGUGCAUCCGUAUGUCUAAAUUGAAGUGGAGAAUAGUAAGUUAGUCAGCUUGCCAGUACCUAGUCCUCAGAAUGACUAUUUAAAAGGUUUUAAUGAGCAUUUCUCAUUACUGUUGAUAAUCAUUCUUCUGAAAAGACAUUCAUCAUUGCAAGUUUCUUUAAGUUGAUAAAAACCACUUACUCGCUGAUAAGUUGAGGACCUAAUGAAAGGACGACUUUCUAAGCAGUAUUUAAGGUAAUUCAUUGUGCAAAGGUUCAGAAGAACACUAUGACUAUGUUUAAGCUAUCCCUAAUAACAUUUUAUUUGUAGAUGUGCAAAGAAUGAAGCUAUUUCAACCAUAUUUCUGUGUCUUAUGUAUGAAUGGUACUUUUGCAUCUUACAUUGCACUAGAAGUACUGCACUCUACCGCUUUAUUCCACCCAUAAAAGUAUUGAACGGUGUUUGAGAAGACUGGAAAUCAUUUUCUCUUUCUCUAAAGUUAAAAGAUUGCUGUCGCUGGGAAUCAAACAAUGUAACUAACUUCUGGUAAAUUUUCAAAGGGACAUUUGAGUGUUUACGGAUGUGGUUGAUGACAUGCUGUUAUUGGUCAAUCUGGUUCAGUGCCAAACCAGAGACUGGCCCUGCUCUGGUUCUUAUGAUUUCUGGUGUUUUGGUGUGCUUCUCCAUUUGUGCCUUAUUUUUGUGUAUAUUUUCAUACUGUAUAUGGGUUCAUGUACAUUAGUGUACUCUACUACAGCAAUGAUGCAGUAUUAAACAGUCAUGUUUUGAGACUUUUCUCAAUGGAUGAUUUGUGGAAUGCUUGUUAAGUGAAGACUGGAGGUGGGAACAAAUUGUUUAGUUUGUCAUGUUCUUCUGUAACUCCCCAUAAGUUAUUGGGAAAAGGAUAAACAGCAUUACACAGGUGAAUCUGUGUAUGUCCUCUGUGGGUAGAUCUGUUACAAAGAAUAGCCAACCAACACCGCCUUCCUUCUCUCCACGCUACAGUCCCUGGACCUGUCCUCUUGAAAACAAGCCGAAAUAAUUUAUAUUUGUGAAAGCCACUUCACAUGAAAUGUACUGUAAAAAUGUUAAUAGACAUGUAUUAAACUUUCCUACAUUAUGAAAA